CUCUGUGGUGCGGAGAGCAUAUUCAAGAAGAAGCACAACGAAGAAAAGUACCGAAUUUCAUAUCUAUAAAACCGCAUGCAUUGCACCUACCGGUCAUCAGUCAGCUAACAGUCGGCUAAACAUAACACAACUACAAAAGUUGAUAAAAAUAACGCUUUCGUGCAUCUUUUAAUCUAAAAACAGAAACAAAACAAAAUAAUCAACAUGCCUUGCCCCUGUGGAACUGGUUGCAAAUGCGCUUCUCAAACCCAAUCUUCCGGUAGCUGUGGUUGCGGUUCAUCCUGCAAAUGCGGUAGCAGCUGUGAUAAGGGUAGCUGCGGCAAGUAAGGAGUCCAAGAACUGAAUAUGGAUUCUCCUAUCAAGCCAUUAGCCUGUAUUCACUGUAAUUCUUCCAUUAAAUUUAGUAUAUCUCUUCUCAUUAAAUCUGAGAUCGAAUUAUAUGUAAUUUAAGUUAAAGCA